UCUCUCCUCUCUGAGGCCUUAUGCUCUGAGUUUGCAAACCCCAACUACCUACCUACUUGUUUGUAGGACGUCGAGAGCAGAGGAAGCCAAAUUCAAUCAAAACCUCUCUCUCUCCCCAAAUGUCUGUGCAUUGCUACAGAGCACCAUAAAGUUUGAAUCUUAUCUCAGGUGUUGAUUUGCUUUUACAUUGGCAAAAGUAUCCUCAAUUUGGUCAUCACCAUGCAACAGGUUUUCAAAUUAUUUGUCCCCUAAUUUUGAUGCUCUACUUACUCUGAUACUUAAUUCAUAACUGGUCUCUUGACUGAGACUCUGGAGGUUCUAUCUUUGUUUUGAAAUAAUGACUUUGGUGGCCAAAAGUCGCUCAGCUUCUUUCCAGUUCUUCUCCUUUCUCCUUCAUCUCCCUUCAGUGCAAAUCCACCGCAGCUGCUCUUCACUCUCCACCAACCUCCUUCAUGAUCCAAAUGACGACGCAAAACACUCAAAUGACGCCGAAUUAAUAUCAAAGAUCCUUGUCCACCACCACAAUCCCUUCCACUCCAUGGAGUCUUCUCUGCAGCUCCACGGCAUCACUCUCUCUCCUCAGCUCCUCAACCACACCCUCCUGCGCCUCAUCCACAAUUCCAAAAUUGCGCUCGCCUUCUUCAACUAUGCCAAGUCCCUCCCCGACCCUCCUCUCUCCACCACCUCCUUCAACCUCCUCAUUGACAUCCUCGCCAAGGUCCGCCAGUACGACGUUGCUUGGCAGCUCAUCCUCGAAAUGGACAACUUCAACCUCACCCCCACCGCCUCCACAUUUCUCAUCCUCAUUCGGCGGUUGAUCUCCUCCGGCCUCACCCGCCAAGCCGUUCGGGCCUUUGAGGACAUGGAAACCUUCGUCCAAACCAAACCCAGUAGUCAAGAUUUUUGCUGUUUGCUUGAUACCCUUUCCAAAUAUGGCCAUGUUAAGGUUGCAGCUGAAGUUUUUAACAAAAAGAAGCAUGGGUUUGUGCCCGACGUCAAAAUGUACACUGUUUUGGUCUAUGGGUGGUGUAAGAUUGGUCGUUUUGAUAUGGCGGAGAGAUUCUUGAGGGAUAUGAUUGAGCGCGGUAUUGAGCCCAAUGUUGUAACUUACAAUGUCUUCUUGAAUGGUAUUUGUAGGCGUGCGAGUUUGCACCCUGAGGAAAGGUUUGAGAGGACGAUAAGGAAUGCAGAGAAGGUGUUUAAGGAAAUGUGGGAGAGAGGGAUUGAGCCUGAUGUCACUAGUUUUUCAAUUGUGCUUCAUGUUUAUAGUCGGGCACAUAAGCCCGAGUUGUCACUUGAAAAGCUGAAGCUGAUGAGAGAGAGAGGGAUUUGCCCCACUGUGGAAACUUAUACUUCAGUUGUAAAGUGUCUUUGCUCAUGCGGGAGACUUGAGGAUGCAGAGGAAUUGCUUGGUGAGAUGGUGAGGAGUGGGGUUAGUCCAUGUGCAGCGACGUACAAUUGUUUCUUCAAAGAGUACAGGGGGAGAAAGGACAGCGAGGGUGCUUUGAAGCUGUACAGGAAGAUGAAGGAGGAGGGCUUGUGCGUGCCCAGUAUGCACACUUAUAACAUACUGGUGGGAAUGCUUUUGGAAUUGAAUCGUAUGGAGAUUGUGAGAGAGAUAUGGAAUGAUAUGAAAGAGAGUGGGGUAGGACCUGAUUUGGAUUCGUAUACCAUGUUGAUUCAUGGGUUAUGUGGGAAACAAAAGUGGAGAGAGGCUUGCCAGUUGUUUGUAGAGAUGAUAGAGAAGGGGCUUCUCCCUCAGAAGAUUACUUUUGAGACACUUUACAAAGGGCUAAUACAAUCUGAUAUGUUGAGAACUUGGAGAAGAUUGAAAAAGAAGCUUGAUGAAGAGUCUAUUUCAUUUGGAUCAGAGUUUCAAAAUUAUCACCUUAAGCCAUAUAGGAGAUGAUAUGCCAUCUGCAUGCCACAGCCAUACAUAACUUUGGUGCUACAUGUAUUAUGCUUGCCAUAGGUGAACAAGCACCCAUGGAAUGGCCUCGGAGAACGUCCAAAUUUAUGACCAAAUAUGAACGUGCCAGAAUCUUGGGUACCCCCGCUGUGCAGAGCAGCAUGAAUUGCCCUGUGAUGGUUGAGUUGCAGGGUGAGACUGAUUCACUUGAGAGUGAUUGUUCUGCUUUGCCUACUGGAUAUGACAAGGAUGAGAGAGUUAUGGCACAGUUGCCUAUGCACUGGUAGACCAAAAUAAAUCUCAUCACAUAGUUUCACUUCAUCAUCAGUUGGGGUUACCGGAGAGGAUUGGGGCAAUAGGUCAAGGCCGUAUCUUGUUGAAUUUCAUCAUUUCAAGGGAGUGCUAUAUAUUCCUAGUGAAAAAAGGAAAGCAUGUAAUGGCACGAUCCCUUUGAUUCAUAAAAUCUUAGUAGUUUUGUUUAUUAUUAGUGAACUUGCUUGGUUCGGUAUAUUUCCUGAUGAUGUGCAGGUACUUUUGUGCGUAAUGAAUUUAUGCAGAAAGAAAUCCUUCAUGUGGGGAAUUUUUAUUGAGUAGUGUGGGAGUAUGUCGGGUCAAUUCAAAAUCAAUUCACAAUGAAUAAAGAUCGUGUGAACUCUUAA